UUCAGGUGCUUUUCAGGAUCCCUUCUUGAAUGUCCUGACUGCCAGUAUCAAAGGUGGGAGGCAACUCAUGACCACCAAACAGUGACAGCCUUGGAUUCCUCUGCUUCUGGCUGCUCAAAAUAACCACUGGACUACUGUGGAGAUGAAUGGAGAACAGCAGUAUGAUGCAGAUGCUGGUUCCAGUGUGGAAGAAAUGGAAUUCAAUUGGGAUGAGUAUCUAGAAGACACAGGAGCAACUGCAGCCCCGCAUGGAUCUUUUAAACAUGUGGAUACAAGUUUGCAGAAUGGUUUUGCCCCUGGAAUGAAGCUAGAAGUUGCUGUUAAGUCUGACCAAAACACCUACUGGGUAGCCACCAUCAUCACAACCUGUGGGCAGCUGCUCCUGUUGCGCUACGAUGGUUACGGGGAGGACCGCAAGGCUGACUUUUGGUGUGAUAUCAUGACAGCUGAUUUGCACCCCAUUGGCUGGUGUGAGCAGAACAAGAAGAUUCUCAAAGUGCCUGAAGGUAUCAAGGACAAGAUACCUGACCAGGAGGAAUUCCUUCAGCGGGUGCUGAAAGGAGCAUGCAGUGCUCCUGCUAACCUGCUGGAGGGGCUUCACAGAGGGAAAAAUCCAUUGGAUCUCAUUGCACCAGGCUCCCGGCUAGAACUGCAAAACAUCCGGGAUUCCCUGGAAGCCUGGAUAGUCAACGUGGUAGAAAAUGUUGGUGGGAGACUUAAGCUGCGAUAUGAAGGGCUGGAGGAUUCUGACAAAUUUGACCAGUGGCUGUUCUACUUGGACCCUUUCCUUCACCAAGUGGGUUGGGCAGCUCAGCAUGGAUACAGCCUGCAACCACCUCUAGCCAUUAGGCCCUUGAGGAGUGACACAGAUUGGCAAGAGAUCCUGAAGAAGGUGAAAGAGGAGGAGGAGGAGUCAUCUGUUCCUACAGAUCUUUUUAAGGAUAAGCCUGUGAUUGGAGUGCAUUCAUUCUCUGAAGGCAUGAAGUUAGAAGCUGUGGACCCAAUGGCUCCUUUUGUCAUCUCUCCUGCUACAGUUCUCAAGGUAUACAAUGACAAAUACUUCAUGAUAGAAAUUGAUGACCUGAGACCAGACCGUCCGACCAGCCAGUCCUACAUCUGUCAUGUCAACAGCGCUGGGAUUUUCCCCGUGCAGUGGAGCCUGAAGAAUGGGCUGCAUCUCAGUCCUCCCCCAGGUUAUCCUGGGCAGGACUUCGAUUGGGCAGACUACCUCAAACAGUGUGGUGCUGAGGCAGCUCCCCAGAGCUGCUUCCCUUCGUUAACUUCUGACCAUGGAUUUAAAGAGAAUAUGAAGCUUGAGGCUGUGAACCCAGUUGAUCCUGAAGAAGUUUGCAUUGCUACAGUCACCAAGUUGAAAGAUUCUUACCUCUGGCUUCAGCUGGAGGGCUCCAAGAAACCUGUCCCUGACUGUAUAGUGAGUGUGGAAUCAAUGAAUAUAUUUCCAGUGGGUUGGUGUGAGACGAAUGGAUAUCAGCUCAGACCUCCUCGCAAAGCAAUAGUAAACAAGCAGAAAAAAAUUGCAGUAGUUCAACCGGAGAAACAAAUUUUGUCUUCAAGGACAGUUCAUGAUGGACUAAAGAACCAGGAACUGAACUCUUCUGACUCAGUGGUAAUUAAUGGCAAGUACUGCUGCCCAAAGAUCUACUUCAACCACCGGUGCUUCUCAGGGCCUUACCUGAACAAGGGCAGGAUUGCAGAGCUUCCUCAGUCUGUGGGUCCUGGGAACUGUGUUCUGGUUCUCAAAGAGGUUCUCACAUUAUUGAUCAAUGCAGCCUACAAACCCAGCCGUGUCCUGCGGGAGCUGCAGUUGGAUGAAGAAGCUGCAUGGCAUGGGCACGGAGAGACCCUAAAAGCCAAAUACAAAGGCAAGAGCUACCGUGCAACUGUGGAGGUUGUGAGGACAGCAGAUCGGGUGGCAGAUUUCUGCAGAAAAACCUGCAUCAAGCUGGAAUGUUGUCCAAACCUCUUUGGCCCUCAGAUGGUGCUGGAUAAGUGUUCCGAGAACUGCUCUGUCCUGACGAAGACUAAAUACACACACUAUUACGGAAAGCGGAAAAACAAGCGGAUAGGAAGGCCUCCGGGUGGCCACAGUAACCUGGAAGUAGCCAUGAAGAAACCAAAUAAAAGACGGAAGAGACGAAAACAUUUUUUUGUUCAUAAGAAAAAACGUUCUUCUGCAUCUGUGGAUAACACUCCAGCUGGGUCUCCCCAGGGCAGUGGGGCAGAAGAGGAUGACGAACAGGAUGAGGUGGAUGAAGAAUCUCUGACUGAGGAUAGUACCUCAGAGCACCAAGACGAAUUGCUUGAAGAAUCAGAGGUAUCAGAGAAGAAAUCACUGUCAUCAUCUCCUACGCAGAGUGAACUGUCUCAUUCCCUGGCUCAGGACCGAGACAAACGGAAGAGGAAGCUCAGGACCUUUUCCUUUUCUGAUGAUGAAAAUAAGCCUCCUUCACCAAAGGACAUAAAGAUGGAAGUUGCUGAAAAGCUGCAGCUGGACAGUAACCCUCUGGAGUGGAGCGUGACUGAUGUGGUACGAUUCCUCAAAUCCACUGACUGUGCUCCACUGGCAAGAAUUUUCCUUGAUCAGGAAAUUGAUGGCCAGGCACUGCUGCUGCUGACCCUGCCCACUGUUCAGGAGUGUAUGGACUUGAAACUUGGACCAGCUAUUAAACUCUGCCAUCACAUUGAGAGGGUCAAACUUGCCUUCUACCAGCAGUUUGCUAACUGA